UGUCUGUUUUUCUUUUUAGGGUUCAUGUAAUCAAAGAAGUUUCUUUGUUGUGUGUAUCUUUACAGAACACAACAGGAAUUGAAAAUGAAUCAGAACACUACUGAGCCUGCGGUGGCCACCGAGACCCUGGCUGAGGUACCCGAACAUGUGCUGCGAGGACUUCCGGAGGAAGUGAGGCUUUUCCCUUCUGCUGUUGACAAGACCCGGAUUGGUGUCUGGGCCACUAAACCAAUUUUAAAAGGCAAAAAAUUUGGGCCAUUUGUUGGUGAUAAGAAAAAAAGAUCUCAGGUUAAGAAUAAUGUAUACAUGUGGGAGGUAUAUUACCCAAAUUUGGGAUGGAUGUGCAUUGAUGCCACUGAUCCAGAGAAGGGAAACUGGCUGCGAUAUGUGAAUUGGGCUUGCUCAGGAGAAGAGCAAAAUUUAUUCCCACUGGAAAUCAACAGAGCCAUUUACUAUAAAACUUUAAAGCCAAUCGCGCCGGGCGAGGAGCUCCUGGUCUGGUACAAUGGGGAAGACAACCCUGAGAUAGCAGCUGCGAUUGAGGAAGAGCGAGCCAGCGCCCGGAGCAAGCGGAGCUCCCCCAAGAGCCGGAAAGGGAAGAAAAAAUCCCAGGAAAAUAAAAACAAAGGAAACAAAAUCCAAGACAUACAACUGAAGACAAGUGAGCCAGAUUUCACCUCUGCAAAUAUGAGAGAUUCUGCAGAAGGUCCUAAAGAAGACGAAGAGAAGCCUUCAGCCUCAGCACUUGAGCAGCCGGCCACCCUCCAGGAGGUUCCUCCAGAACUAGCAACCCCUGCCCCUGCCUGGGAGCCACAGCCAGAACCAGACGAGCGAUUAGAAGCAGCAGAUUGUGAGGUGAAUGAUUUGGGGGAAGAGGAGGAGGAGGAAGAGGAGGAUGAAGAAGAAGAUGAUGAUGAUGAGUUGGAAGAAGAGGGGGAAGAAGAAGCCAGCAUGCCAAAUGAAAGUUCUGUGAAAGAGCCAGAAAUACGGUGUGAUGAGAAGCCAGAAGAUUUAUUAGAGGAACCAAAAACAACUUCAGAAGAAACUCUUGAAGACUUCUCAGAGGUAGCACCUGCCAUGCAAAUCCCCAGAACUAAAGAAGAGGCCAAUGGUGAUGUAUUUGAAACGUUUAUGUUUCCAUGUCAGCAUUGUGAAAGGAAGUUUACAACCAAACAGGGGCUUGAGCGUCACAUGCAUAUCCAUAUAUCCACCAUCAAUCAUGCUUUCAAAUGUAAGUACUGUGGGAAAGCCUUUGGCACACAGAUUAACCGGCGGCGGCAUGAGCGGCGCCACGAAGCAGGGUUAAAGCGGAAACCCAGCCAAACACUACAGCCGUCAGAGGACCUGGCUGAUGGCAAAGCAUCUGGAGAAAACGUUACUUCAAAAGAUGAGUUGAGUCCUCCCAGUCUUGGGCCAGACUGUCUGAUCAUGAAUUCAGAGAAGGCUUCCCAAGACACAGUAAAUUCUUCUGUUGUAGAAGAGAAUGGGGAAGUUAAAGAACUUCAUCCGUGCAAAUAUUGUAAAAAGGUUUUUGGAACUCAUACUAAUAUGAGACGGCAUCAGCGUAGAGUUCACGAACGCCAUCUGAUUCCCAAAGGUGUACGGCGAAAAGGAGGCCUUGAAGAGCCCCAGCCUCCAGCAGAACAGGCCCAGGCCACCCAGAACGUCUAUGUACCAAGCACAGAGCCAGAGGAGGAAGGGGAAGCAGAUGACGUGUACAUCAUGGACAUUUCUAGCAAUAUCUCUGAAAACUUAAAUUACUAUAUUGAUGGUAAAAUUCAAACUAAUAACAACACUAGUAACUGUGAUGUGAUUGAGAUGGAGUCUGCUUCGGCAGAUUUGUAUGGUAUAAAUUGUCUGCUUACUCCAGUUACAGUGGAAAUUACUCAAAAUAUAAAGACCACACAGGUCCCUGUAACAGAAGAUCUUCCUAAAGAGCCUUCGGGCAGCACAAAUAGUGAGGCCAAGAAACGGAGAACGGCGAGCCCGCCUGCACUGCCCAAAAUUAAGGCCGAAGCAGAUUCUGACCCCAUGGCCCCCUCCUGCUCCUUAAGUCUUCCUCUUAGCAUAUCAACAACGGAGGCAGUGUCUUUCCAUAAAGAGAAAAGUGUUUAUUUGUCAUCAAAGCUCAAGCAACUUCUUCAAACCCAAGAUAAACUAACUCCUCCUGCAGGGAUUUCAGCAACUGAAAUAGCUAAAUUAGGUCCUGUUUGUGUGUCUGCUCCUGCAUCAAUGUUGCCUGUGACCUCAAGUAGGUUUAAGAGGCGGACCAGCUCUCCUCCCAGUUCUCCACAGCACAGUCCUGCCCUUCGAGACUUUGGAAAGCCAAGUGAUGGGAAAGCAGCGUGGACCGAUGCAGUGCUGACUUCCAAAAAAUCCAAAUUAGAAAGUCAUAGCGACUCACCAGCAUGGAGUUUGUCUGGGAGAGAUGAGAGAGAAACUGUGAGCCCUCCAUGCUUUGAUGAAUAUAAAAUGUCUAAAGAGUGGACAGCCAGUUCUGCUUUUAGCAGUGUGUGCAACCAGCAGCCACUGGAUUUAUCCAGCGGUGUCAAACAGAAGACUGAGGGUACAGGCAAGACUCCAGUCCAGUGGGAAUCUGUCUUAGAUCUCAGUGUGCAUAAAAAGCCUUGUAGUGACUCUGAAGGCAAGGAAUUCAAAGAGAAUCAUUCAGUGCAGCCUACAUGUAGUGCUGUAAAGAAAAGGAAACCAACCACCUGCAUGCUGCAGAAGGUUCUUCUCAAUGAAUAUAAUGGCAUCGAUUUACCUGUAGAAAACCCUGCAGAUAUGACCAGGAGCCCAAGUCCUUGUAAAUCCCUAGAAGCUCAGCCAGAUCCUGACCUCGGUCCGGACUCUGGUUUCCCUGCCCCUACUGUUGAGUCCCCACCUGAUGUUUGUCCUUCAUCACCUGCCCUGCAGACACCCACCCUUUCAUCUGGUCAGCUGCCUCCUCUCUUGAUCCCCACAGAUCCCUCUUCCCCUCCACCCUGUCCCCCGGUAUUAACUGUUGCCACUCCGCCCCCUCCCCUCCUUCCUACCGUACCUCUUCCAGCCCCCUCUUCCAGUGCAUCUCCACAUCCAUGCCCUUCUCCACUCUCAAAUGCCACUGCACAGUCCCCACUUCCAAUUCUGUCCCCAACAGUGUCCCCCUCUCCCUCUCCCAUUCCUCCUGUGGAGUCCCUGAUGUCUGCCGCAUCACCCGGGCCUCCAACACUUUCUUCUUCCUCCUCUUCAUCUUCCUCCUCCUCUUCAUUUUCUUCUUCAUCUUCCUCCUCUUCUCCUUCUCCACCUCCUCUCUCCGCGAUCUCAUCUGUUGUUUCCUCUGGUGAUAAUCUGGAGGCUUCUCUCCCCAUGAUAUCUUUCAAACAGGAGGAAUUGGAGAAUGAAGGUCUGAAACCCAGGGAAGAGCCCCAGUCUGCUGCUGAACAGGAUGUUGUUCAGGAAACAUUCAACAAAAACUUUGUUUGCAAUGUCUGUGAAUCACCUUUUCUUUCCAUUAAAGAUCUAACCAAACAUUUAUCUAUUCAUGCUGAAGAAUGGCCCUUCAAAUGUGAAUUUUGUGUGCAGCUUUUUAAGGAUAAAACGGACUUGUCAGAACAUCGCUUUUUGCUUCAUGGAGUUGGGAAUAUCUUUGUGUGUUCUGUUUGUAAAAAAGAAUUUGCUUUUUUGUGCAAUUUGCAGCAGCACCAGCGAGAUCUCCACCCAGAUAAGGUGUGCACACAUCACCAGUUUGAAAGCGGGACUCUGAGGCCCCAAAACUUUACAGAUCCCAGCAAGGCCCAUGUAGAGCAUAUGCAGAGCUUGCCAGAAGAUCCUUUAGAAACUUCGAAAGAAGAAGAGGAGUUAAACGAUUCCUCUGAAGAGCUUUACACGACUAUAAAAAUAAUGGCUUCUGGAAUAAAGACAAAAGAUCCAGAUGUUCGAUUAGGCCUCAAUCAGCAUUACCCAAGCUUUAAACCACCUCCAUUUCAGUACCAUCACCGUAACCCCAUGGGGAUUGGUGUGACAGCCACAAAUUUCACUACACACAAUAUUCCACAGACUUUUACUACUGCCAUUCGCUGCACCAAGUGUGGAAAAGGUGUCGACAACAUGCCGGAGUUGCACAAACAUAUCCUGGCGUGUGCUUCUGCAAGUGACAAGAAGAGGUACACGCCUAAGAAGAACCCAGUACCAUUAAAACAAACUGUGCAACCCAAAAAUGGCAUGGUGGUUUUAGAUAACUCUGGGAAAAAUGCCUUCCGACGAAUGGGACAGCCCAAAAGGCUAAACUUUAGUGUUGAGCUCAGCAAAAUGUCCUCGAAUAAGCUCAAAUUAAAUGCAUUGAAGAAAAAAAAUCAGCUUGUACAGAAAGCAAUUCUUCAGAAAAACAAAUCUGCAAAGCAGAAGGCUGACUUGAAAAAUGCUUGUGAGUCAUCCUCUCACAUCUGCCCUUACUGUAAUCGAGAGUUCACUUACAUUGGAAGCCUGAAUAAACACGCCGCUUUCAGCUGUCCCAAGAAACCCCUUUCCCCUCCCAAAAAAAAAGUUUCUCAUUCAUCUAAGAAAGGUGGACACUCAUCACCUGCAAGUAGUGACAAAAACAGCAACAGCAACCACCGCAGACGGACAGCGGAUGCGGAGAUUAAAAUGCAAAGCAUGCAGACUCCGUUGGGCAAGACCAGAGCCCGCAGCUCAGGCCCCACCCAAGUCCCGCUCCCCUCCUCAUCCUUCAGGUCCAAGCAGAACGUCAAGUUUGCAGCUUCGGUGAAAUCCAAAAAACCAAGCUCCUCCUCUUUAAGGAACUCCAGCCCGAUAAGAAUGGCCAAAAUAACUCAUGUUGAGGGGAAGAAACCUAAAGCUGUGGCCAAAAAUCAUUCUGCUCAGCUUUCCAGCAAAACAUCGCGGAGCCUGCACGUGAGGGUACAGAAAAGCAAAGCCAUUUUACAAAGCAAAUCCACCUUGGCGAGUAAGAGAAGAACAGACCGGUUCAAUAUAAAAUCUAGAGAGCGGAGCGGGGGGCCAGUCACCCGAAGCCUUCAGCUGGCAGCUGCUGCUGACUUGAGUGAGAACAAGAGAGAGGACGGCAGCGCCAAGCAGGAGCUGAAGGACUUCAGUUAACAGUGGGUUACCUUGCUGGAGUGAAAUUUGGCCUAAAAGGAAGCACAGAAGAAUCAGAUAAGAAAACAUUGUAUGGUCCUAACCGUGGACGGUAAUGACAGGCAUUGGUGGCAGCUCUGUGUGAGGUGCUGGAACUGUGCUGUGGACACAUCUGUAGGUCAGGAAUGUGAUCCAAGGGUCCACUUACCAACUCACCAUAAACCUGAGAAGUGUUCUUGGGAAUUAGAAAACAAAUGUUCAUCAAGAUAUAUUUUGACUAUCUGGACACAAAAGUGGGCAUUUCUUUGAAGUGUUUGUUUUGGUCUUAGUACUUUGUAGUUAGUUUAGCACAAAACUGGGAUUCGUAAACUUAGACCUGGGUAAUAUGAUGAUUGUCAUUAACGUGUCGCCCAGGGCUCUUACAGAGGCGGCCUCAGCCUCAGUGCAUAUUUGUUGCAUUACACUAAUAAGGAGUUGUUUGAACUACGGUCGUCUUCCUGUUUAAGUAUAGUUCUACUUGUAAAUUUUGUGUAGGGAUGAUUCCUGACACAAGGAAUCAUCACAUCUAUUACAUGUCUAGGAAUACUCACUUUCACUCUGUUUGCAGCUUGCUUUACUUACCCUGUUGGGUACGCAGGGAUGACUUAUAGAACAGGCAGCACAUCCUUGUCCUGUGUAUAUCUUUACAACAAGCUGUGAUUAAGAGCUAGUUUUCGAUACUCAGAUAUUUUACAUUUCAAUGCCACUUUAGGAUUCCACAGUUUUUCAAGUAUAUGCUUGCAAUCAGCCAUGUGAUUUUUCCAUGAGUUUUCUCCUUAACACUGAGGGUCAUUUCCUGGAACAUAAGCCAUGGUGCCAGACAAGGUGUCAAAAAGCCAUGUGCUCCAAAUAUUUUUCUUAGGACAAAACACAGGAAAGCAGGCAUGCCACAGUCAUUCAGGUUCUCCUGCUGCAGCUCUUACUACAGUGACCUACCCCCCACCCCUCACCAUGGCUUUCUGUAGUGCCGAGUUUAAAUCUGUUGCUAAGGGAUCAUUUCCAGGGGCUCCAAUAAAACAGAAAGGGAAGGAAAGAGGUACAUUCUCUACUCACCUCCUACCCAUCUUUCACCUUUGUGAACCCCAUGGUGUUUUUGGGUUCUUUAAUACUUCUUUUAGAGCUACUUUUUUCUUUUCAAACUGAGUUCCUGUCGCAGUCAGUCAAGAAAACUUAAAGGUAGAGAAGCAAAAUGAAAUUCUAGACCAAGUUUUUCCAUUUACCAGGAAUUGAUUAAAAAAAAUAAAGUGCUGAUUUCUCCUCCAUCUCUGCUACACCCCUUGGAAAUAAAUGCGUGUAGUUCCUUGCAGGGUGUAUCUUCUGGGUAGGACGCUCGUUCCUAAAUACCUUCAGUCAUGUGUGUGUUGUCGUCUUAAUGACAUUUGUCUUACGGUCUAUUCACCUUUUUCUUUAACAUGGUCAGUUCAUGUAAGGUUAUGUUAUGUUGUCAUUUAUCUUCAGUUUUCUUAUUUUCUAGGAACUUCCUGUAGAAAAGCCCCCCAAACAAAACAAACCUUAAUUGACUAAAAGGUAUUGCAUGCUCAACUUAGGAUAAGCACUACGGCAAAGGAUACGAAAUCUACCAAGCUUGCAAGACCAGUUGAAGCUGACUCAAAAAUCCUAACAUUCAACUGAUUGCCGGCAGGCUUAGAGUCAGGCAUCUGCUGCUUCGGUGGGGCCCAGCGCGCAUGCUGGGCGCCCAGGUGAUUGAGAUCCAAAGAGAAGGGCACUGUAAGACGGGCCAGAUGAACUGGCUCCUCGUCAUGGGACUGGUACCUCAGAUCUGAGCAUGACCCUUGUUUUUGGCACGUAGUGGAGAAAGGAAUGAUUUGAACUUAACCUUGCAAAGCAAGUUCUCUGUUUUAGCAGUAGUUUGUUGUAGGUUUCAGGGAUGACAAAUUUGGAUGCACUCAUUUAAAACGUUUUGGUCACAUAUCAGCUCUUGAUGCCUUUCUUUUAAAUUAAUUAUAGACAGAGAGAGGCAUUUAGCUGAUCUCUUACCCUGGUAUUUCUUGUUUUUUUGUUGUUUUUGUUUUUUUAAAUCACAAGUAGAUUGCCAGCUUAAUGGAGAGGAAACCAGAUUGGAUAUGGACUCUUUUUUAUGCCUAUUCUGGUGUUGCGUUUGUGUAUCCAAAUGGGCAUUAUCCUCUCAGAUUCUUAUCUGGCACUAAUUUAUAACUAUUAUAUUAUCAGAGACUAUUUAGCAAUAUAUCAAUGCACAGGCGCAUCCCAGGCCUGUACAGAUGUAUGUCUACACGUAAGUAUAAAUGAAUUUGCAUACCAGGUUUUACACUUGCAUCUCUAAUAGAGAUUAAAAACAACAAAUUGGCCUCUUCCUAAGUAUAUUAAUACCAUUUGUCCUUGCAUUUUAUGCCUCCCCCUAAAUUAAUGACUGAGUUGGUGGAAAGCGGCUAGGUUUUAUUCAUACUGUUUUUUGUUCUCGACUUCAAAAGUAAUCUACCUCUUAAAAAUUUGUAGUUUAAUAUUUGUUUGGUGAAUUUGUGCCACUUUAAUCCUUCCACUAUCAUUCCCAUUUUGUUACAUUUCUGUUAUGGGGACUUUAUGUUGAAAUAUUGUAUAAAGCAUUUGUAGCAGUUUAAAAAUAAAAUAUUUAAAAUUAUUUAAAUUGUUUUGGACGCUUCAAUUGUAUUAUAUGUGAUUUACAUUUCACUUUUUUUGUUGGCGUUGUUAACCCAGAGAGUGCUCCUGUAUUGAACUUUGCUGUUAGUUAUUUUAUUGCUUCUUUUUGGAGAGUGCUAUAAAAGAUUAUUCUAAUGAAAACAUUAAAAUUUACAAUUUGACAUACCAAAAGGGGUUGUCCAUUGAUUUUAACCAAUGUAGCAUUGAGAGAGAGAGAGGUUAAUUAUAGAUAGACAAGAGUGCUGUUUGCUGUUUUUCCCUCCAGCAUUGAAAUCACUGGGGCUCGUCAGAUGUAUUAAAAAAAGAUUUUUUUGUGCUAUUGCUGCAAACACUUAAUAACUAGAGGAGAAUUUAAACAAUGCAUUUUAUAUUAUUGUAACCAAUAAAAAACUUUCUAAACA